AUAUUCGGCCGUGGACAGCAUGGCGACGGCCGAAGCAGCGUCGAGGCCCCAUGAUCGCCAUACUACGCGCAAGCGCCCCUUUGCCGGCUGGAUGAAGCGCCUCGCCAACCUCAAGCCCUCGUCGUCUGACGCCCCCGGCAAGAAGAGCACCACCACCAAAAAAGCCCUGGCCAAGAACAACCCCUACCCCCAGUCCGGCUACAUCACCACUGGCACCAAUGCGCCCGACGACAGCCUCUCCGUCUCCACCUCUGCCACCCCGCGCUCCAAUGCCAGCUGUACGUCGGUCGAGGAGACAGCGGCAGAGCGGCCACAGCGCGUGGAGAAGAGCAACAAGUCCACCGCACCCACCGUUGCAACGCUCCCCGAGACACUCAACUCGACACGCUCAAAGGCUGAGACUGGUGGCAGUAACUUUGUUACCGGGGGCAGCACAUUCUCCUCACCCCACGGCUCAGAGCACUCCCUCACCACCACCCUGACUACCAUCCAAUCCACCGCGCCCUCCAACGUCCUCAACAUUGGCCAUGCCCAGCACCAAAACAACGCAAACAACUCCCUCGCCACGCCCGUUCACUUCUCCCACCAGUUCCCCACCUCUCCUCCGCCCUCGGCCAUACCCCCACAUAUGGCGGCCCAGCAGCAGCCCAAUUCCUACCAAGGCGCCACCGCCAACAACAUUCUGACCGACAACGCCUCGAUCCUGACCCUGGCCUCCUCGUCGAAGCGCCGCCGUCGCAACUCUGUAGACACCAACGCCUCGAUGCGCGCAUUGGCACCCUCGUCACAUUAUGGUGGCAGUCGCGAGUCGCUCCCGCUUAGCGUCCUAUCCGCCAACCCCGAAACCAUCUACUCGCCCUCGAAUCGUCCCAACAAUGUCGGUGCGUUUGUCAACGCAGAGCGCGCAAGUGUAUACUCGGCCUCUGGCGUUACCGCACCCGCCCUCUCCACCGACCGCAACAGCUACUAUGCAAAUAAACAGGCCGACGGCCUAAGCGUUCGCAGCGGACUCCUCGGCCACGGUCGCACUGAUAGUAUCAGCAGCAUGCGCGCAACGCCCACGAGUCCCCUAGCCAGCCCCCGCGACCCUGUUGGCCCUGGUAGAAUCAGUCGCAAGAGCUCCGAGUGGAAGGAGGCGAGGGAGGCAAGUGAUGAGGAUGAGGUUCCUGCGAGUCCGAUUGUAGAGGAGCAUGAGAAAAAGGCCAAGUCUCAGCCUAAGUCGGAGCCAAAGAUUUGAUUCUUUUUUUUUCUGGUCUUCGUUUCUACUAGUUAUUUCUCUUUAUAUCAUGUUUCGCGCCACUGACGACGCGAUUCUUUCCCAUUGCCCAUAUCAAGGUGGACACGGGGCGUUGUUGAGGUGCAUGUCAUGAUAUCCGGGGUUUCUCAUUGCAUUGGGAUUGGGGCCGGCGUUUGCUUCUCUCUCUCUCUUUUUUUUACAAUAAGAGGAAUGGAGGGGACGGGGGCCAUGACAUGUGGCGGGUUUCGUCUCUGGUCUUUUUUUGUGCUUGUGUUUUGGUCUCUGCUUCUCUCAUCUUAUACCCUAGAUUCGAAUGAAGCUGUAUUUUGGUGUUCUUUUCUUUUGUUUGCAACGAUUACGCAUGGUGUGGGUUGAUAUGGGUAUAGCAUGUAGGAUAAGAAUGAGAUGCAAUUGAUGCUACAAUGUGGAUCUAUUUCUCAUU